GUGAGUUGGUGUGGGACUGAGUUGAGUUAUUUGUGUUGUCGAAGAAGAGGAAGGGAAACCGGAGAGGGGGGAGAAGAGCGAGAGCAAACUGGGGGCAUCCAAUAUGGCAUCGGGCGAUACGCUCUACAUUGAAACCGACGGCUCGGAGAUGCCGGCUGAGAUUGUCGAACUUCAUGAAAUAGAAGUGGAGACAAUUCCCGUAGAGACUAUCGAGACCACGGUGGUCGGAGGAGACGAUGAUGACGAGCACCACCAGCCCAUGAUCGCACUACAACCGUUAGACGAUCCGAACCAUGUUCACCACCACCAAGAGGUGAUAUUGGUGCAGACCCGUGAAGAGGUUGUUGGAGGGGACGAUUCUGAUCUCCGUGCGGACGAUGGUUUCGAAGAUCAGAUCCUCAUACCUGUACCUGCUCCAGCCGCCGAGGAGGAAUAUAUCGAACAGACUCUGGUGACAGUAGCAGGGAAGAGCACUUCAGCUGGGCGAACGAAGAAAGGGGGAGGUGGUAGUGGGAAGAAAGCGGGUAAAAAAAGCUAUUUAAGUGCAGCGGAGGCCAGCGGUAGAAAAUGGGAGCAGAAACAAGUGCAAAUAAAGACACUGGAAGGGGAGUUUUCAGUCACUAUGUGGGCUUCUGAUGACAAGAAGGACAUGGACCAUGAGACGGUGGUGGAGGAGCAGAUCAUCGGGGAGAACUCCCCCCCGGAUUACUCCGAGUACAUGACCGGCAAGAAGCUGCCCCCCGGCGGGAUCCCCGGGAUCGACCUCUCGGACCCCAAACAGCUGGCGGAGUUCGCGAGGAUGAAGCCGCGGAAAAUGAAGGAAGACGACGCCCCCAGGACGAUAGCCUGCCCCCACAAAGGAUGCACAAAGAUGUUCAGGGACAACUCGGCGAUGAGGAAGCACCUGCACACGCACGGGCCCCGGGUGCAUGUCUGCGCGGAGUGCGGCAAGGCGUUCGUGGAAAGCUCCAAACUCAAACGGCAUCAGCUCGUUCACACCGGCGAGAAGCCUUUUCAGUGUACUUUCGAGGGCUGUGGCAAACGGUUCUCCCUGGACUUUAACUUACGCACACACGUACGGAUUCACACGGGGGACCGGCCGUACGUCUGCCCGUUCGACGGCUGCAAUAAGAAGUUCGCUCAGUCCACCAACCUGAAAUCGCACAUCCUGACACACGCAAAAGCCAAAAACAACCAGUGAAACCCUCAGCGUCGCAAGCAUUUCUCAGAAACCCCGGAAAGUUCCGAUUUAAAACCCCCUUUGUAUAUUGUUUCUUAAAAAAAAAAGAAAAAAAGGUUUUUAAAGAAAAUGACCUUUCGGACUUUUUGAUAAGUAUGGAGAAGACUUAAAUUAAGAAAAGCGUGUUUCACCCCCUCUGUCCUUUUAGUUCUCAAAGAGAAGAACGUGUUGGUGUUCCGGAAAAUCAACUCUUAACAUAAAGUUCUAUUCAGGAACAUGGACCUGACGGACUUGAAUCAAAAGACAAUUGUUUGUACGACGGAAAUUAAAGAACAUUUCGACUUGUUUUUGUUUUUCACAUUGGAUUAGAUUUCACUUGUCUGCAUAUAGAGAGAGCGAAUUGCUUUUUAAUUUUGUACUUCUCCAAGUGUGCAUAUUGUACACUUAUUUUGGUAUAUGCCUAGUAAUGCUAUGUGUGAUUUAUUUUUUUUCCCCUGAAGAUUGAAAUCGGCUUGUAAUGGUUCUCGAUGGAAGAGAGUUGGUGGAUACUGUACUACAUGCUUCAAAAGUAUUUUUAUGUAAAAAGUUUUUGUUUCGUUUGCGCCCAAAAUUAGGUUGUAUUCUUUACCAUUAACUAAUUUUGUAUAAUUGUACCGUACGGCUGUAUUGAAAUCAUGUAGACCUAGAGAUGUGAUUUAAGUAGUGUUAAUCAAUUAAAGCAAUUAUAGUCACCGUUUAUUUUAUUUUCCAUGAAAUGUCCGAUGCAAACGUAUCAUUCUUCACUUCAAGCCUGCAUCUCACAAGAAAACAGCUAAAUGGUGAUCGGUUGCGUUGUUAGAAUGUAUUGUGCAGGCAUCAACCCUGAACACCCCUUGUUAAUAUGUACAUCCCGUGUAUUUCAAGUGGCCAACAAUAAAAAAGUGGUCCCAAAUCAA